AUGCAGGCCAAGAUCCGACAAUAUCGUGCGGAUCCUCUCAAAGUGCGCAACGGUCAAAUCAAACGACUCUUGCGGGAACUUAUCGCCCACAUAGAUCGCGUCGACACGACGCUCCCUGGACUUAGGAUUAGAUCCCGUCGGCCAUCCCCAUCUCUCGCCUCGCAGUCCCAGCAUACCAUUCCUGGUCACUCUUCUGUGGACAUGUACUCUCAGCCUCCUUCUACGAAACACUCAGACCAAGAACUCAUCGCGAUUGGCAAGUACGCAGCAAUGCGGUGUGACUUUGUUGAGGCUAAAUCUCGAUUACUUCAAAUCUCAAACAAGGCAGUUCUUGAACGACAACUCAAGGAAUUGGACAGGGCUCGCCAAGCUCAAAUUCAAACCAAGAAAGACUUCGAAAGAUAA